AAAAGGAAAAGAAGACGCUAAAAAACAAAAGUAAAUUAAUUACGAUGAUCAACAAAGAAGCGCUCCCACCUAACUAGCGCUUUUAAUUCUGUACUCUCGCCUCUCUCUCUACACUCUUCUCCGCUCUCCGAAUCCGAAGCCGCAGAAAAGCUUGGCCGAAAAAGCCGCACAACUACACGCAUUUCUAGAGAGAGAAAGAGGAGCGAGAAGGAAAAAAAACGGUUAUGGAGUCAACACUGCUUUCGGUUGGUGCUUCUACAAUGUCGAUUGCGGCACUCUCCAGGUCUCUCAAUUCCCAUUCUACCCCUAUCAUCGCCCACCUCCACCGCCGCUUCUCCACCACUCUCCCGAGUCAAAUCGCUCUCCUCCAACUCAGUCGGCGCGUCGAGCUGAGACGGUUCGGGCCGGGUCAUUUGGUUCGGGGACAUGACUCUGUGGACCUGCGCCGGAACCGGUUGCAGUUUUCUGUGAGGUCUGCGUCGUCCGGCGGCGGAGGGUUUGAUGGCAUCGAUGGCGGUGCCGGUGGAGGUGGCGGCGGCGGAGAUGGCGCGGCUGAAGGCGGCGACGCUAAGGCAAGCGCCGUGACUUCCGGGGCUGCGGGUGCUUCUCCAUUGAGUUCUGAAGUAAUCAUUCUCGAUGUUGGAGGGAUGACAUGUGGGGGAUGCGCAGCAAGCGUGAAAAGAAUUUUAGAAAGUCAACCGCAGGUCUCUUCAGCUAGUGUAAAUCUCACUACCGAGACAGCAAUUGUAUGGCCUUCAUCUGAAGCCAAGGUUGUACCUAACUGGCGAGAGGAUAUAGGAGAGGCCCUCGCGAAGCAUUUGACUAAUUGCGGUUUCAAAUCCAAUCUCAGAGAUUUAAGAAGGGUGAACUUCUACGAGAAUUUUGAGAAGAAAAUAAAUGAGAAGCGUGAGCUGCUAAAGAAAAGUGGUCGUGGACUUAUUGUUUCUUGGACUCUCUGUGCUGUGUGCAUCUUUGGCCAUCUCUCUCAUUUCGUUGGAGCCAAGGCUGCAUGGAUCCAUGCAUUGCACUCCACAGGAUUCCAUGUGUCUUUGUCUCUCUUUACAUUGCUUGGCCCCGGCCGCCAACUUAUUGUGGAUGGUAUGAAAAGUCUUCUCAGAGGGGCCCCAAACAUGAAUACUUUGGUUGGCCUUGGGGCUUUAUCAUCCUUUGCUGUCAGUUCCUUGGCAGCCUUAAUGCCAAAACUGGGAUGGAAAAUGUUCUUUGAAGAACCGGUUAUGUUGAUAGCGUUUGUCUUACUUGGGAGAAAUCUAGAACAGAGAGCCAAGAUAAGAGCAACCAGUGAUAUGACUGGCCUUCUCAGUAUUUUGCCAUCAAAAGCUCGUCUGUUGAUUAAUGGCAAUGCAGAAGAAUUGAGCUCAACUGUUGAAGUACCUUCAAGCAGUCUCAUUGUAGGAGAUCAAAUCAUUGUCCUGCCUGGUGACCGUAUUCCAGCUGAUGGAAUCGUUAAAGCAGGCAGGAGCAGUGUUGACGAGUCAAGUUUUACAGGGGAGCCUCUACCUGUCACUAAAUUACCCGGGGCUGAAGUGGCAGCUGGAAGCAUAAACCUAAAUGGAAAAAUCACAAUCGAGGUGCGGAGGCCAGGUGGUGAGACUGCAAUUGGGGACAUUGUUCGGAUGGUUGAAGAUGCACAGACUAGGGAAGCUCCUGUACAACGGUUGGCUGACAAGGUUGCUGGUCAUUUUACUUAUGGGGUAAUGGCCCUUUCCGCUGCCACAUUUAUGUUCUGGAAUCUUUUUGGUUCACGAAUUCUUCCAGCUGCUAUUCACCAAGGAAGUUCGAUGUCAUUGGCGUUGCAACUUUCCUGUAGUGUUCUGGUUGUUGCAUGUCCUUGUGCACUUGGGCUAGCAACACCUACAGCUGUGCUGGUCGGAACUUCACUUGGUGCCACAAGAGGACUGCUUUUGCGCGGUGGAAGUAUCUUGGAAAAAUUUUCAACAGUUAACACAAUUGUAUUUGACAAAACAGGGACAUUAACGAUUGGAAAACCUACUGUGACUAAAGUAGUGAUACAAGGGGGGCAAAAAUAUGCAAAUUCAGAAUUAGAUUCAAAUUCAAGACAUAACUGGUCUGAAGUUGAAGUUCUGCAGUUAGCAGCUGGAGUAGAAUCUAGUACAAUUCAUCCAAUUGGAAAAGCAAUUGUGAAUGCUGCAAAGGCUCUGAAUUGUCCAAAUGUGAAGGUAACUGAAGGAACAUUUACCGAGGAACCUGGGUCUGGCGCGGUAGCAACUGUUGAUGAAAAAAAGGUAGCAGUUGGUACACUGGAGUGGGUUCAGAGGCAUGGGGUAGUCGGCGACAGUCCAUUCCAAGAAGCUGAGGAGUUUAAGAAUCAAUCAGUUGUGUAUGUUGGAGUUGAUGGUGUUCUUGCCGGAGUAGUUUACGUUGAGGACCAAAUCAGAGAAGAUGCCAAGCAUGUUAUAGAAUCAUUGACUCGUCAAGGGAUCAAUACUUAUUUGCUUUCUGGUGACAAGAAAAGUGCCGCCGAAUAUGUUGCAUCUGCUGUUGGUAUUCCGAGGGAAAGGGUGCUGCAUGGAGUCAAACCUGAUGAAAAGAAGAACUUCAUAAUCCGACUUCAGGAUGGUCAGAACGUUGUAGCUAUGGUUGGUGAUGGAAUCAAUGAUGCAGCUGCCCUGGCUUCGUCGCAUGUAGGUAUUGCCAUUGGUGGAGGUGUUGGGGCUGCUAGUGAGGUAUCUUCGAUUGUUCUAAUGCAGAACAGGUUGUCCCAGUUACUCGACGCACUGGAGCUUAGUAGACUUACCAUGAAGACCGUAAAGCAAAACCUAUGGUGGGCCUUUGCAUACAAUAUCGUCGGACUUCCAGUAGCAGCUGGAACAUUGCUGCCUGUGACCGGAACCAUGCUGUCACCUUCACUUGCCGGUGCACUAAUGGGUUUCAGCUCUAUUGGAGUAAUGUCCAACUCAUUACUUUUGAGACUCAAGUUUAAAUCGAUCGAGAAAGAUAUAUUUAAAACAUCACCAUUGAACAUCAAAUCCCCUUCAGACGUUGAAAAAGAUAGUGGGAGUGAAAGUGAGAAAUUGCAGCAGCCAUAUUCACCUGCUAGAUAACGCCUUGUCAGCAUCAAUAUUAUACGGCUGACUGAAAUAAUUUGUUCACGAGAUUAACACGAGAUGGUGGGUGAGGCAGAAACACGUAAUCUUAGGCAGUGAGAAGAGAAACCGUUUGGUGUAUCCGAUUCCUCUAAAUACUUUUGCUCGAAUCUACCUAAAGUUCAAGAACAUGAUGAACAUCAAACAACUUGUCGAAUUUCCGCUGAUGGAUGAGAAGUUAGUCGAAAUGGUUUUGUUAUUGGCUUGUAUGUACAUUUGGAGUUGAAUAUUUUGCAUUUAUAAUAUUUUGCAAUAUAAGUCGUUUGACAGUUUGCUCAUGGUGCAUUUUGAAAAAGAAUUUUUUGUA